GCCUAACACACUACCAGACCUAAUUGGAUACAUGAAAAUUCAAUACUUGCCCCUUUUUGGAACAUUUGGGGGAGUCAUGAUGGUAGUUAAUGCGUUGGUCUAGAGGCCAGAUUAGGGUAUAAAAGGAAGCGCGAUUUCUUUCCUUGCGGAUGGGAAAUUUCUUCCUCUUUACACUUCACAAGCCUCAUUCAAUACCAAAGUAUAAUAGUACAACAAUCUCUGCUCGAAAUUCUCUUUCGUCCAAAAGAAAGAAAGCAAUCAUGAAGUUACUCAUCGCUAUCUUGGCUAUCUAUUUAGCCAUCACUGCUGCUGCCCUCCCUACCAUGGAAGACCCCAACAACGCGAUCGUCGCGUCCACAACUGCAUCAAAAAUUCCAGUUCCUCAAACAACGGUUUCAUCAUUGGUUCCGCCUCAUCAAGUCACGAUGCCACCAGGGCUACUAUCUCCUUCCGUACAGACUCUAAGGCACGGAGAUAGAGCCAACUUUGAAAAACACUUUGCGCAUCGCGAAGAAGAAGACAUUGAAGACGACCAUCCAUACCCAGUAAAACGUUGGCUAGGGAACUUUAAUAAAUUCUUUGCGCGUCACGCAGAAGAAGACGAUCCCCACCCAGUGAAACGUCGCCUGAGGCCGACACCCGCCUUCUCUAUGGAUCCAUGGUGUUUUACUGAUCGAGUAGAGUGUCCCAAUGGCGGGAAACCGCAUUGGUCACCUUUAUGUACCAAUUUGAACCUUCCUUAUAUGUUUGAAUGGAGUGAUGAGAGGUUUGGGAGAUAUCAUUUCUGUCCCGGGUUGGUUGAGGGGUUCAAUGGUAUCACACCAGUUUUAACUACGGUUAAUGCUGAUGACUAA